AUGAGAGGUAUCCAUGACCUCAAAAAAUACCUCCAUCGUUUUGGAUACUUGGACCAUCGGCAUGUUGUUAACAGUACUAAACAUGAAGGUGAUCAUUUUGAUGAACACAUUGAGACUGCCAUCAAAAUCUACCAGCUCAAUUUCAACUUAAAGCCUACCGGAGUCUUAGACCCUGAAACAGUAGCGCGGGUGGCGAUGCCACGAUGCGGGGUGCCGGAUAUCAUAGACGGUAAAACCAGAAUGAAUGCUGCAGGUAGAAACAAUAUUAUUGAGUACGCGUUCUUUAAUGGAACACCCAGAUGGCCAUUAUCCAAGAAAGUACUUAACUGGGGACUUCAACCUGGUACCCGAAGAGAUGUAAUCGACCCUCUUGUAGAAUUUGCUUUUCUGUCAUGGAGUGGUGCGACACCUUUUGCGUAUAAUUUCGUCGAUGAAAACCUUAGUGUUGCGGACAUCAAAGUUGGUUUUACAAGUGAGGGUCAGGGAAAUGAAGAUUUUGAUGGGCCUGGAGGUCAACUGGCUUAUGCAAAUCCACCACCAAUAGGAAUUAUGUUUUAUGAUUCUGAUGAAAAAUGGUCAGAUGGUCCAGUCAAGGGAGCCUAUGACAUGGGAUCAGUUGGAUUGCACGAACUGGGACAUGUUCUAGGGCUUGCCCAUACCUCCGUCGAGAAUGCUGCCAUGUUCCCAAUUAUCAAAAGUGGAGUAACCAAAGGUUUGGCGGAUGAUGAUAUUCAAGGAAUGAAAACUUUAUAUGCCAGUUGA